CGAGGCUGCGCACUAAGGUGGUGGGCGGUCCGGGGCAGGCCGGGAACCAGGGUGUCUCCGCCGAGCUCCGAGGAAAGGAGUUCCUGCAACAGCCGCUGUUCCCGAGCCUACGACAUGGGACCCGUGCCGCGCACCCUGGAGCUCUUCUACGACGUGCUGUCCCCCUACUCCUGGCUGGGCUUCGAGAUCCUGUGCCGGUAUCAGAACAUCUGGAACAUCAACCUGCAGUUGCGGCCCAGCUUCCUAGGAGGGAUCAUCAAAGACAGUGAAAACAAGCCUCCAGCUCUGGUUCCCCGCAAAGGACAAUACAUGGCAAAUGACAUAAAGCUCCUGAGACAGCAUGUCCAGGUUCCCAUCCAGUUCCCUAAGGACUUCUUCUCUGUGGUUCUUGAAAAAGGAAGUUUGUCUGCCAUGCGUUUCCUCACCGCUGUGAACCUGGAGCAUCCAGAGAUGCUGCAGAAUGUGUCCCGGGAGCUGUGGAUGCGCAUCUGGUCACGGGAUGAAGACAUCACCCAGCCCCAGAGCAUCCUGGCCGCUGCUGAGAAGGCUGGUAUGUCUGCAGAACAAGCCCAGGGGCUUCUGGAAAAGAGCUCAACAUCAAAGGUGAAGAACCAGCUCAAGGAGACCACUGAGGCAGCCUGCAGAUAUGGGGCCUUUGGGCUUCCCAUCACUGUGGCCCAUGUGGAUGGCCAAACUCACAUGAUGUUUGGCUCUGACCGAAUGGAGCUGCUGGCGUACCUGCUGGGAGAGAAGUGGAUGGGCCCUGUGCCUCAAGCUGUGAAUGCCAGACUUUAAGAUUGCCCGGAGGAAGCAAAUUCUUGGUAUAAAACAGCUGACAAUCUGCUUAACCCCCGGCUCCACCAUAAGGCACUGGGACUUAAAUUUCUCUAUCUGAUACAGGUAUUUUCUGUGGCCCUGGGGGCUGUCUCUCUUCCCCAUACCCACAAGGAUGCCAGGAAGGGGUCCACCAUUAGCCAUGCGGCAACCUGUACUUCUAUGAUUCACAAGUGCCUUUCGGAGAGCCACAGUUCUGCUUUCCCACAAAAUAAAUCCAAUGCCAUCAGGCAAAACCUU